GGGGUGGAGGGGGGGGGGGGGGGGGAGGUCACGUGGGCGCCGGCAGCGCGACUCUCCGCCCUGGGCACUCCACGGCAGCCAGCUCCAGCGACCGCCGCCCCUGCCCCUCGCUGGUGCCUCAGCAAGGUGGGCUGCGCCAGGUGCCACUGGAAGCACCAGGCUGGGGCCGCCUCUGAGCGCCCCGCGGGGGCCAUGGAUGGUGAAACAGCAGAGGAGCAGGAGGGCCCUGUGCCCCCACCAGUUGCACCCGGCGGACCCGGCUUGGGCGGCGCUCCGGGGGGGCGGCGGGAGCCCAAGAAAUACGCAGUGACAGACGACUACAAGUUGUCCAAGCAGGUGCUGGGCCUUGGUGUGAACGGCAAGGUGCUGGAGUGCUUCCAUCGGCGCACUGGGCAGAAGUGUGCUCUGAAGCUCCUGUAUGAUAGCCCCAAGGCCCGGCAGGAGGUGGACCAUCACUGGCAGGCCUCUGGUGGCCCCCACAUUGUCCGCAUCCUGGAUGUGUAUGAGAACAUGCACCACGGCAAACGCUGUCUCCUCAUCAUCAUGGAAUGCAUGGAAGGUGGUGAGUUGUUCAGCAGGAUUCAGGAGCGUGGUGACCAGGCUUUCACUGAAAGAGAAGCUGCAGAGAUAAUGCGGGAUAUCGGCACUGCCAUCCAGUUUCUGCACAGCCAUAACAUCGCCCACCGAGAUGUCAAGCCUGAAAACCUGCUCUACACAUCUAAGGAGAAAGACGCAGUACUUAAGCUCACCGAUUUUGGCUUUGCUAAGGAGACCACCCAAAAUGCCCUGCAGACACCCUGCUAUACUCCCUAUUAUGUGGUUUUUGUCUUCCUAAGAUUCAUAUUCAGAAAGUGGGCAGGCAUUUCUUCCUACAUUGGAGGGACAAAGGGUACCAGUCACCUGCCUUGUGAGAGAGGGUCACUUAAGCCAGGGCUUGGAAGUGUGCACAUACUCAUGCUUCCUGGAAAAGUUCCCUGCCCUUCUGCAACCCCUGAGGUCCUGGGUCCAGAGAAGUAUGACAAGUCAUGUGACAUGUGGUCCCUGGGUGUCAUCAUGUAUAUCCUCCUUUGUGGCUUCCCACCCUUCUACUCCAACACGGGCCAGGCCAUCUCCCCAGGAAUGAAGAGGAGGAUCCGCCUGGGCCAGUAUGGCUUCCCCAAUCCUGAGUGGUCAGAGGUCUCUGAGGAUGCCAAGCAGCUGAUCCGCCUCCUGCUGAAAACAGACCCCACAGAGAGGCUGACCAUCACUCAGUUCAUGAACCAUCCCUGGAUCAACCAAUCGAUGGUGGUGCCACAGACCCCACUCCACACGGCCCGAGUGCUACAGGAGGACAAAGAUCAUUGGGAUGAAGUCAAGGAGGAGAUGACCAGUGCUUUGGCCACUAUGCGGGUAGACUACGACCAGGUGAAGAUCAAGGACCUGAAGACCUCUAACAACCGGCUCCUCAACAAGCGGAGAAAAAAGCAGGCAGGCAGCUCCUCUGCUACACAAGGCUGCAACAACCAGUAGCUCAUGGGGACUUGGAGGAGCCAGGCCUCUGAGCCUGCAUGGCAGGCUGGAGUGUGCUGAGGCCCUGGCUAGGAGGGCCCAGGGUCAUUCUUUUAACAAAAGGAUUUUGUUUUGUUUUAAUUUGUCACUUGGAACUUCAGGAUGGAGGACACUGACCCUAAACCUCCUUCAGAUCUCUGGCCCAGGCUCAAGCCCUAGAGAGGGGCAGGGCCUAUGGCCUGGAAGCCGCCUGCUGCCGCAGCAGCACCUUUAGCCAGGGUGGCCUGAGUGAGGCCUCUGUGCUGUCUUGCCCUGGUACAUGGCCGUAGCCUUCUAGGCCACUGGGAGUUGUGGCUGAGCUUCCCAUCUUCCACGUCUUCCACGGAGACAUCCCCCUGCGGGGUGGGCAGAUGGGCCUGGCCUUGAGAAAGGCAUUGGCCAUUGGUUGCCAUGGUGACCAGGGACCACGUGCUGUCUGUGAAUGCUGAGUGAGUGAGUAAGGGAGGAGGGGCAAUUCAAGGUUCACCUCUGCCUUCUUGGGGAGGCUGGUUUCUCGAACACUGGCUGCCCCCUCAGUCUCACUCCUCCUUGGGCUCCCUGAGGCUGCAGGGUCCAGUCUGCCUGCCUCCCUGUGCAGUCCAGCCCUGCCUUGCUGCAGCCCCAGCCCGGACAGCACUCAGCGCUCUCCCCCGAGGGAAUCCCUGGGCCUCCCCAUCCCAUCACUACUCCUUACCCCAAAGGGUGGCUUUUCAUCUCAACUUAAGGUGAGGGAUAUUUUUAACCUUUUUCCACUUUGGAAAAUGUCACUGUGACAAAAGCCAGUAUACUUCCCCUGCACCCACCUGCUCACCAGAUCUCAGGCAGGAAAGCCCCUCUCUGUUGAUUUCAGGGGCUAUCUUUUGGUGUACUUGUGUGAAAGUGGCUGGCUGAGAGCAGGGCUAAAGAGGCUUCCCAUUAACCUGAGGUCUCUUUCUUUACUCUGGGUCAGACCUGAGGUUGGGGAAGGUGACCGAGCCCUGCUCAGAGGUCUGGUCCUGGCUUGGGCCUGAGUCGGGGCAAAGACACCUGCCUGGCUGAUGGAGGCUUACCCAGCCCCACCCCGUCAUGGUAGCCUCAGGGUGCCAAGUGCCUAAUACUGCCUGACAAGUGCCUGACACCCAGCCUAGUUCCUUCCUGGCCCCUGUCUCACUGGCUGGGAAACCCUAGACCAUGUCAGAUAGGACAACACUGCUGGGUUUUACAUCCAGACCGUAAUAAACACCAUUUCAUCAUUUC